GCGCGUGGUUGAGACUGUUUGCAUACACAGGGCGGAAACGGCAGAAGUUUUCUCCACUGAAAGUUUGUCAUUUUGCCUUCACUCGCUCAUUUUGGAUUUCUUCCACGGCUCGACAUGGCAGGACGGACACACUCAAACAGAAACUCUCACGUGUAUUAGCAGCGACUUUGACGCAUUUACGGCGCAGAAAAAAUGGGUUAAAAGGCGCAACGACCUGCAAACCGAUACACAGGCGCAAUUCCACCGGAUUAUGUCUAAAAUCCUAAAUCACGUUACUGUGGAAGUACAGUUGACAAUACCUUUCUAAACAUAGACUUAUCAGUACAUUUCUUUUUUUUUAAAAAAACAAACAACUCCUAUACCACUAUUGUGAUUGACUUAGUUUCCUAAAUAGAGAAACAGGCAGUAUGGGCGAGGCACCAGUCAGAGAGGAUUGUACAGUGACACGAUCAGCAGAGUAUGUGGGCUCAUUUCCUGUGGAUGACCACUGUUUGGAUGACCAGAUGGAGCAACUGCACGCUCAGCUGAAGUCCCUUAAAACAUGCAAAAGGAGGAGACCCGUAUCCAUAAAAUUCUCCAUUAAAGGUGUGAAAAUGUAUAAUGAGGAUGAAACGACGCUCCUGAUGGCUCAUGCCCUGCAUAGAGUCAGUCUGUCCACCGCCCGGCCCAUGGAUGGCCAGUUUGCCUUCGUCUCCCACAACCCAGGCAGCACCGACGCCCAACUGUACUGCCAUGUCUUUCAAGCCAGGCAUGCCAGAGCGGCACAGUUCCUGAACCUGCUCCUUUGCCGCUGUUUCCAGCUGUCUUACUUGGAGAAGCACCCAGAGGAGGCCCAGGAAGACUCUGUUGGUUCGAUGCCUCGUCGCAACCCCUCUCUGCUCAACCACGGUUUCCCUCUCAGUGUUAGUGCCCUGGUGUCCUUCAGAAGAGCCCCUUUUCAAGGGCUGUUGCCAGGGGCUAAGAACAAUCAUGUGUCUUCCGAUGACCUUCACAGCAGCCAAGAUGAAGUCUUCCCCACAUCCUCCCCCUCCCUGGUGCGCAAGAAAGCCAUCCGCAGUAAAGGACUGCGCUCUGGGGCUUACCGCUCCUUCACUUUCACACCACUCAAACAGCACAGUGUUCAGGAGCGACUGAGUUUGUCACAAGGAAAAGAACAAGACAGGACGCCAGUAAGGAAAUCCCGCACUCCAAGUUUGGCCGAAACAGAAGAAGCACUGGCUCAAGCAGUGUGGUGUUGGGCUGGUAUCGCGACUGACAGCAGCUAUUCCCUGCUUGCAGACGAUGUUCUGGGAUCGUACCUCCUGUGCCCACAUCCUAAAAAACCCAAAUGUGGCUCUCUCAUCAUUCGCUCCCCCUCUGGCCUGAUCAGCCACCUCAUAGAGAACACUUGUAAUGGGAAAUUCCUGCUGGAGAAAUGCAAGACUGAAUUCAGUUCCAUAGCAGAACUGAUUGAACACUACACAGAGGCUCAGGAUGAGCUGCCGUGUCUGCUGAGCUGUGCCCGGGUAAACCACUGCUAUGAGUGGGAGGAAAAUACCAGCAAACAGCAGGCUGUAAAGCCACACAAGAGCCUGAAGAAAGCCCAAAUUAAAAGUACCCACAGAAAGGAAUGGGUUUAAACCCCUGGACCCUGGAACUUGUGGAUUGCCAACCUCAGAGGAUCCAAAAUAAGUGACACUUUUUUUUUUUUCCUUUUUUUUGUCUUUUGCACAAAUAUCAUCUCUUACUUUUAAAUCACAUUUGGUGUUGUGGGAAGCCUUAACAAAUGGUAUAACACAGUGCACCUACUAACAGUGUUGGCACUUAAUGUAUAAAGUAUACAAGUCAUUUCAUCAAAGGGUACUUAUUUAUCAAAGGUGUCAUAUUUUGUUCUUGCUGCUUUUAUGUUUUUCUAUAUAUCUUUUUAAAAAAUAUUUUUAUUUGUGCCUGUGAGGCAUCGGUCGAGUUUAUUCGUAAUUUUAAGACGUGAAACUAACAGCCUGAAACUGUGGCGGGGAAUUGAUCUCGCAGAUUGUUGCACCUGAUGGCAAAGCCAUAACUGUUCUUUUUAUUCUUGCAUUGUAAAGAUGUUGCACAAAUAUAUUUGAUCAAAGAUUGUUUCAUUGAAUUUUAA